UCUGCGCAAUAAGUUCUUUCGGAAUAAAGGAUAAUACAUAAAUUUGCCUACAAUGCAAAUUGGGUUUUCACUUUCACUUCAUUUCGUGCAGAUAUUGAUAAUCUUCAGUCAGACAAGUCAGUCGAAAAGAAUUGUUGCAGAAGUCAAUGGAGUCCUUGGAUAUAUUCAUGAUGUCGAUGAGAUAAUUACGAAGGUGCAAUCGGAUAUUGACCAAUUGGAUAAAGAUUCAGGUGAAUUUGAUAAUGCGACAAUGCGUGAAAAUCUGCUCAAAGUAUUGCAACAUUUUAAAAUCAUCAGCAUCCAAGUUGAGCAGAUUGAGAAACAGUAUACUAAUAUUACAAUACAGCAAUUCCUAUACACAGAAAUUUUUGAUAAUUACAAUGAUGAGGAGGAUUUAGGGAAUUUGAGACACGAAAUAAACAAUAUUAAUGACAAUUUUAAAGAAAUGUUGACGAUCGAAAACUCAAACAAUUCGAACACUUUCAUUAUUUCAUUUGCCGAACUUAUAGAUAGGCGAAGAAACGGAAAAUGUAUUACGCCUAAUGACUUUUAUUUAGAACUAUUUGAUCUUUGGUUUCGUUCGAAAAAAAUAUUAACGAAGAUGCGCCACGAGUAUCAAAUUCAUGUGUACAGCUUUUGUUAUAGUCCUCAGUCACCUCAACAAAUUGUCUUUUCGAUUUAUAAGCACAUCGGUCUAACUGAACUAAAAGCUUAUAUCCUGAUCGAGUACUCACUGUUACUUCGGAGAAUUGAUGGUCAACGUGAUUUGAUGGAAGAAACAAAUAAAGUUCGUGCUAAAUAUAAGAAUAUGAUUGAAAACUCUCUUAAUCUUCUUGAAGAGACUAUGCGAAAAGCUGAUCGUGAUAUGUGGCGUUGUGAUCCCCAUGAGCUUCACUACAAUGUUACCUACGAUGAGAUGACAAGACUUCUUCAAGGAUUUAUUGUGAACGAAGUGGAUCUAAAUAGUGAUGGGUCCUGUAGUGAAUCUUGCUCCGAUUAUCAGAACACAACUACAAAAGGUUGCUUCAAACAAAAGUUUUGUUCUCAGCAGCCUAAAUGCGAGGGUCGAAUUCAUGACUGUCAGUUAGUCGACUCAUACUUAUCUGUAUGUCAAUCGCAGGAGAGCAGCAAUCGUCGCUAUGAGUAUAUCGAAUAUGAACAAGACGACGAAGUUUUUACGCUUGGCGAAUAUGAAAAGUGUUUUCGAGGCGUCAAUAAUGUGGCUAGCUGGAAUAGAUGGAUUUUCACGAAAUGCAGCUACUGCAUUUGUCUGUGUGAUGAGCCGGGUCCAAAGUCCGAUCGUUACUUUAGUCUUCUUUACACCUUAUCGGAUAUCAAGGCGAACAAAGUGGUGACUGGAGUGCGAUUUGUGAAGAAGAAUCGCAUUUUCCAUUUACAGAUACAGCAAGGACAACUGUUGCCUCGAGGAGCCAUCAACGAAUCAACUGUGGAAUGGGUUCCCAUCGAAGAUGACGAAGUAACUGCUGCCAAUGUUCACACAAUGAGUUACCAGGAACGUGGUAUAGAUCUGGAUGAUGUAUUAAAUAAAGAUGAAAAAACAUCUGUAGUGACUGGCUUGCGUAUCCGUGUGUUGAAUGGCCGAUUGAAUCUCGCAGUGUUGUUUAGUCCCCUUGAUUUUGAAAGAGGGAAACUAUUUCCACAUCGGUCCUUCAGAUAUUAUAAGCCACCCCAUAACGAAAGUAGACAGAAAUUAAAUCUCGAUAAUCUGGAUGUACCAACACGUUUAGAGUAUAUGGAUAUGAUACCACCAACUUCAAAGAAUAAUCAAUAUUUAGAGUUCGUGAACUCAGGAAUAGAACAAGAUGCGGCACAAACAACAAUUCCGUUUAUUGAUAUUCAGGAUGUGGUAUCAAAUCCGCCAGUUCCAUUGGCUGGAAUUGGCAUCUACUACAGAAGUUUGCCGGGAUAUGGCGGCUUUGUGGCUCCCAAAAUCAUCACCUAUGACAUUUCUCAACACGUUCGGAUGCCAACUUGGUAACUUCUGAAGCUGUAUAUUUUAUUCGAUUACAAUAA